ACUUUCGGCCGACCGACUGCUCGAGGGAGGAGGGGACUUGGUGCAGAGUGUGCGAAGAGAAGUGGAAGAAAGAUCCGGGAUUGGAGACGAGGAGGCGAUUUUUCGGUGCUCUGCGGGCACGAGGAACGGAGGAAUUGGAGGCCUGCGAGAGCCAGAGAGAGAGAGAGAGAAUCGGUGCGUCGGAGCUGAAGGAUGGUGGCGUAUGUAAGAGGUCAUUGCGUCCGAGGAGUGUGAACGAGCAAAAGAUUAGCGAAGGCGAGGGGAGGGCAGAGAAGGGCAGGGAAGGGAGGAGGAGACGAGGUCGAGGCCGGGCUGCCAUCGGUUGCCUUGCCUUGCCGGGCCGGGCACUUCUACUGCUCCGACGACAGUGCGCCUCUCCUCUCUAGCUCUCUUGUCCGUCUCCGAUCUCUCCCUUUUCCGCCCACCCAUUUCGUCUGUUCUUCAUCCCUCCCUCCAUCUCUGCCUGCUCUUUUGGCUUUUCUUCGGCGAGUGCGCGAGCGACAGCAGCAGCAAUGCAGGAGGCAUGAUCGAGAAGGCCAUUCGCGGCAGUGUGCCUUCGAGACAUUCGGAUCUGCGCUAUCGGACUCCGGAUCUUCGAUUGCUUCGAAAUGAGUCAGCAGGGAUCGAGGUUGGGUCGAGGAAAUUGGAAAUUGUUCACCAUGUUCGAUGUGCCUCUGUAGUCGUAGUAGUCGCAGACGGCGAUCUGAGAAAGAAUUUGCCGAUCGCCCUCCGGAUCUUCCCUUCUCCAAGGGGCUCCACAGAAAGUCUUCUCUAGUGAGAAGUUCGCAUAUCACCACGGCAACAACAGGACCCACCUUGUGACCUAGGGCCUUCGCAUCCAUGGGGUGCACGUGGUCAGGUCUCAAUGCGCUCUAUGAGGUGGUGAGCGCCGGACAAGAAGUAUGGGUGAAUGAGCGCAGAUAUAAAAUCGUCAGACAGUUAGGAGAGGGCGGAUUCUCUUUUGUCUACUUAGUGCGAGAGCAUACAGGCGAGCACCCUAAUCGAGCACCGAAGAGUGAUCCUUUUGUUUCCGCUGAUGGAUUGUAUGCGCUGAAGAAAGUUCUGGUCCAGACUGAUGAGCAGCUCGAGCUCGUGAAACAGGAGAUCAAGAUUUCUUCCUCGUUUAAUCAUCCCAACCUGUUACCGCUUCUUGAACACUCCAUAAUUGCAGUCAAGGAGGGGUUGUGGAAUCAAGAAGCGUAUCUUGUGUUUCCAGUCCAUUUGGAUGGAACGCUUUCGGAUAAUCUCAACACAUUGCAGGCACAAGGACAAUUUUUCCCCACCAUCACUGUCCUUCACAUAUUCAGACAGAUUUGUGCAGGUUUAAAGCACAUGCACACGGGUGAUACUCCUUACGCUCACAACGACUUGAAACCUGCGAACGUGCUGCUAUCAAAAAGAAAGGACCAACCACCACAGGUCAUAAUUAUGGACUUCGGCAGUGCUACGGUCGCUCGCAAGCAGAUACGAUCAAGGUCGCAAGCCCUGGCUUUGCAGGAAUGGGCUGCUAUACAUUGCUCGGCUCCUUAUAGAGCUCCCGAGUUAUGGGACUGCCCAAGCCAGAUAGACAUCGACGGGAGAACUGAUGUUUGGUCCCUCGGAUGCACAUUAUUUGCCACGAUGUAUGGUGUAUCACCUUUUGAAUAUUCACUAGGUGAGUCGGGGGGUAGCUUGCAGUUAGCAGCGAUGAGUGGACAGAUCAAAUGGCCACCUGGGCCAAAUCCCCCGUACCCCGACUCUUUACACAAAUUUGUGACCUGGAUGUUGCAACCGAACCCCGCCCUCAGGCCCAACAUGGAAGACGUCUGUAUUCACGUCGAGAAGUUGGUAGCGAAAUUCCCCACAGGAAUGAAUGGGCUUUGGACACUACAAAACCCAUAAUGAAGCUCAGCUUCGAUUUUCUACACGUCAAGUUAAGUCUCGUCAGUCCAGAAGAAGUUGAUCAGCACCAUCCUCGACAUCACUGUCUGUCGGAGAUGUCAUUAUGUCGACCAAUACAUUCAUAUUCACUUCACUUAGGUGUUGUAUAGUAGCAGAUCACUUAAGCAUUUGAUUCCUGUGAGCCGCAUUUCUUGAAUGUCUCAGCAAGCGAGAAGGUACUCAUAUUAGCCUACACAUUUUGGCUUCAGACACGGCGAAAGAAAAAGACGUAUCUGUUUAUCGGUAAGUUCCUGCCAUAGCCUUUCGGCCUUUUAGAGACAAAAUAGAGAGCUUCGGGCUUUUAGUGACUGGCUUUUCGGAAAUCUCCCAUGGGUUGAAAUAUUCAAAAAUCUUGAAGAACUUUGUUCUCAAUAAACUAGUGCAACUAUUAGCAUCAAGAUCUUAGCUAGUGAGAGUGGCGAAUAUUUCACUCAUAGGUUUGUUCAACAUCGCACAGACGAAGGAAUGAGUCUGUUGGCUUGCUGAAACCGAUAUUGUAAAUUCUCAAGCACUUGGAAUUGCCAUCUUUUUGUGU